CAACAUUCUGUCUAACAUCAUGUCUCUUAGUACCACCACCGUUCGCUUGUUAUCUUUGUGUCUAUAGCUGCAGUCAGCUACCUUUAGUGUUCCUCUCACUUACACCGGGACUCGAAUUAUUCCCUUGGUUUCUCCGUAACUACGUACACCUUGAACCAUGACUCACUCGGUCCUUCUUAUUGUUCGCGUUCUUUAUCUUCCUCCAAGAGCUGCCACCUUCACUCCUGGUCCAAAAAUGACCAAGACCGCUGUCAGAGCUCUUCGACAGGAUUUGAAGUCUCUUGGCUUCCCUGAACCCCCAGAGUCUUCUCUGACUAUACCAGCGGGGGGUAUUGUCAAGUUUUUUUGGAAAAGAGAACAGGGCGGGCAAUUCCAUGAAGUUCUGAAGAGAAAAAUAGCAAGCAUUUCGCAAGAACAGUUAUACAAGCAGAGAAUCUCGAAGAUAACCUUGAAGCCCGUGUCAGACAAAAAACUCCAUCGUCCGCCUCCGCCUAUGCAAUUCCCCGUUAUGGGUCGUGUUCCUACCUCAAUACCUCCUCAAGACCUCAUUAACAUCCCUCAUUCGACACCCAUCCCGGAGAGCGCUUUGGAUGAAUCACGACUCAGCGGACCAUCUGUAUCGAAUUUAACCCAAGUAGUACAGAUGGGCACAUCAUAUCCUCAAUACACAGGAUCAGACUGUCCAGCAAUCAUGUCUGAGAUUGCCGUUCCAUGUCUUGAUCAACUAGACAUACACUCAGGACCCCAGAGUCCUGUCUUAUACUCCACUCCAGUGGAAGGAGAGUCAUCUAUCGUAAUCGGCAAACGAACCUCUCGCUCGGUGUCGCCGCCACCGCCACCGCCAGCCAAGAGAUCUCGUACUGGAAGCGCAUUCAGUGACGAUGAGUCCUCCCUGCUGCAUGAGCUUGGGUUGCUUAACGAAGAGAUGAAAUUCCUUGCUGCACGGCAGAAAAGGAUCAGAGAGAAGCUCCAACACAUGGGAGCACCGACUAUCCCUGAGCCUGAUUUCCUAUUCCGAGACGAAUUUGAGCUGGAAAUCGACACAGAGAGGAAGCAGAGGAUCGAGUGUGAGAUGGUGCUGAUGGACAUUCGGCGGGAGUGCAGGGCUCCUUUUAUCGUUCCAGCGUUGUUUGAUGCGUUUAUUGAUAUCUCGAAAUUGACGACGGCUGCUUUAGAUUCUCUUACUUAACGGUUUAGAGCUAUUGUGUAUCAUGGACUGUUGAUUACUUAAGACUCGGAGGAUGUACUGUAUAUGUAUUGUAACAUGAUUUCUCUCCAUUAGAAUGACAAGUCG